CAUAAACUUAUAGACUUAUACAAUGGUUGCCCUCAUCCAAAAGCCAGCUCCAGCCUUCAAGAAGACUGCCGUCGUUGACGGUGUCUUUGAAGAAGUCACUCUUGAACAAUACAAGGGUAAGUGGGUCCUCUUGGCUUUCAUCCCAUUGGCCUUCACCUUCGUUUGCCCAACUGAAAUCAUUGCCUACUCUGAGGCCAUCAAGAAGUUCCAAGACAAGGACGCUGAAGUCUUGUUUGCUUCCACCGACUCGGAAUACUCUCUCUUGGCCUGGACCAACGUUGCCAGAAAGGACGGUGGUUUGGGUCCAAUCAACAUCCCAUUGUUGGCCGACACCAACCACUCCUUGUCCAAGGACUACGGUGUCUUGCUCGAAGAAGAAGGUGUUGCCCUCAGAGGUAUCUUCUUGAUCGAUCCAAAGGGUGUCUUGAGACAGAUCACCGUCAACGACUUGCCAGUCGGUAGAUCCGUUGAAGAGUCCUUGAGAUUGUUGGAAGCCUUCCAAUUCACCGAAAAGUACGGUGAAGUGUGUCCUGCCAACUGGACUCCUGGUGCCGAGACCAUCAAGCCAGAAGUUAGCUCCUCCAAGGAAUACUUCGGUAAGGUCAACAAGGAUUAGAUUAUCCAUAUAUAAACGCGUCUUGACGCUUUAGAUUCGCUUAUCGAUAGUAUGAGAUACUAGUGAUAGUAUGAGAUGCUAGUAAUAGUAUGAUAUUUAACU